CAUCACUUCCCCCUUACCGCCCUUUCAUCCUUUCACCCCACCCUUUCCCUCUCGCUCGCUUCGCAUUCUUGUUUUUGCUGGUUAUGAUACGACGAAUGACAGAUAAAUUCGGUCUUGUUCACAAGCAGCAACAGAACCAGCCUAUCGUUGCGCCACUUUCUCUUCCACUCUCCACGCACCCAGACAGGCUUGACCACCGAGGGUCGAUAUCCACCGAAAGCGCAAGCGACAGUGACAGCGUGCAAAGGGCAGAGGACUCGCAAUCUCUACACCGCCCGCAAUCGCAGCCCCACCCCUGGACUAGGAACACAUACAACUUGUCAGAUUUUGUCUUCCAGCGCACGCUGGGCACUGGUAGCUUUGGACGUGUUCACCUCGUCCGUAGCAGACACAAUCUCCGUUACUAUGCUAUCAAGGUCCUGAACAAAGAAAAAGUCGUGCGAAUGAAGCAAGUAGAGCACACAAAUAAUGAACAGCGUCUGCUGCUCGCAAUACAACACCCUUUUAUCGUGAACCUUUGGGGCCGCUUCCAAGACGCGCAAAAUCUGUACAUGGUCAUGGACUUCGUUCACGGGGGAGAGUUGUUCACUCUCUUGCGCAGAUCGAGAAGGUUCCCAGAGCCCGUCUCUAAGUUCUACGCAGCAGAAGUCGCCUUAGCGCUCGACUACCUUCACUCGGCUGACAUCAUAUAUCGCGAUCUCAAGCCCGAAAACAUUCUCCUACACAGCGAUGGGCACAUUAAGCUUGCCGACUUUGGAUUUGCUAAGUACUGCCCAAAUACCACAUGGACACUCUGUGGGACGCCCGACUACCUUGCACCCGAAGUCAUAAAUCAAAGCCGAUACAACAAAUCUGUCGACUGGUACGCCCUCGGCGUGCUCAUCUUCGAGAUGCUCACAGGUGUCCCCCCUUUCCACAAAGACGACAGUAAUAUGAUGGCUCUGUACCAACGAAUACAGCAGGGUCCGUCAUGCGUACACUUUCCCUCUGAGAUCAGUCUCCUGGCCAAGGAUCUGAUUUUGCGGCUGCUCGAUGGUGACCCAACAAAACGCCUUGGCAACUUGCGAAAAGAGGGAAACGACGUCUUUGAACAUCGCUGGUUCCAAGAGGUUGACUGGAACAAGUUACGGAACAGAGAGAUCACAGCACCUUACCUCCCGAAAAUUGCAGGCGAUGGGGACGCGAGCGCGUUUGAACGAUAUCCUGAGGAUGAUGCAACCGUUAUGUACGGCCUUCCAGCACUAGACCCUUAUGGCGAUGAAUUCCCAGAUUUCAGCUACACACUCCCAUGAAGGGGAUACAACGUUGUUUGUAUUUCUAUUGUAUUCCUGGUCGCGCGCGACCAACGCCUCCGACUAUCUAUUAGCACUUUCCUUCUCUACUUUCUUGACAUCCUCAACUGGAUCUGUUGGUGUACUUGUACCACUCGUCGAAUGCAUCAUUUGUUACACAGCCCG